AUGCAGUUGCCAUUCUCGGGCCCGUUCCGCUAUUCAUACAUAGACUCUGAUGGACAGCCAAGCAGCACGAACACGCCAGUGGAAUCGCCAGCGUACCCUCCUCCGUUUACGUUUGUUCAGGAGCAAAGUAAUCCACCGGUGAAGCGUGAAAAAAGGAAAUAUCGUUGUCGUAAACGAAGUCCGGCGACUAUUGAGAGAGCUCGAGCAGUUCGUCGGGAUAAAAUUCUCAUAAGAGAAAAGGAGAGAAUCAACAAAACGGUCCAAACGACACUUGUGCAGGCGAAUGCUCGUGAACGUCGUCGCAUGAACAACCUGAACGACGCGCUCGAACAUCUGAGGACGCUGCUUCCAUCGGUUCCCGACGAACCGAAGAUGACUAAGAUUGAAACGCUACGAGUCGCCCAAGGCUACAUCACAUUCCUGUCGUCGAUCCUGGCCGACUCAGACGGCUAUCGUCCACCGCUUGAGAUCACACCUUAUACGAGUCCGGCCUAUCCAUCUGUUUGGCCAACCAAAAAUAAACAAUAG